ACACGGGCGACGGAGGUCCAGUGGCGUCACCGGACCCCAGCGAGUCCAAUCUGAACUCUGAUUGGCCAAAGCAACAGUUAAUGCCGUCAAAGAGUUUCCGUCAGACUGAGGCUCUUUCCACCCGAUCACGACUCAAGUCACUCGCUGCUGCUUGUUCUGUCGGAACCAAAACCCGCUGCCUAGCGGCCAUCUUGGGGGGGUUUAGUCCCACAGAUCAGAAGCGGGGUUCUGGGCCGCGGUGAGCCCCGCCUUCACGGUCAGGUCGCGCUUGCUGACAGAAAUCCUUCGCGGCUUUCUUUGCGCCGGCUACUGAUACGAAAUCCAAACAAGUGGCGCUUGUGCUUAAAUAGCCGUGGGAUCCGCUCCCCGCCCCGCCUCCACUCCAGAGAGUCGGUCUGGUCCGCGCAGCGACGAUGAGCUGCCCCGCCACCUUCCACGCGUGCCGCUCCGUGCUGGUCACCGGAGCCAGCCGAGGCAUCGGCCUGGAGCUGGUGCGGCAGCUGGCGGCGGGCCGCGCUCCUCCGGGCAGGAUCAUCGCCACGGCCCGCAACCCCGCCACCGCCACGAAGCUUCAGGAACUGGCACAGAAGUUCUCCAACGUGCACGUGGUUGGCUUGGACGUGGUGAGCGACGACAGCAUCCACAGUUGUGUGGAGGAAGUGGAGCGACUGGUCCAAGGCGACGGGCUCAACUGCCUCAUCAACAACGCGGGCAUCAGCGUGGAGGCCGACCUCCACAGCGUGACCUGCGAGAAGAUGAUGGAGAACUUCCACACCAACAGCGUGGCUCCUCUGAUGCUCACCAAGGCCUUGCUGCCUCUGCUGAAGCGAGCGGCGUCUGCGAGAUCCGGUGCCGCGGCCAGGCUGGGCGUGCACCGAGCUGUGGUCAUCAACAUGUCCUCCACGCUGGGAUCCAUGACGCUCAACACGGGCGAGAUGGCCCGACUGGUCAAGUGGUACCCCUACAGGACAUCCAAGAGCGCCCUCAACAUGCUGACCCGCUGCCUGGCCGGCGACCUGGACCCCCACCACAUCCUGUGCAUGGCCAUCCACCCCGGGUGGGUCCGCACAAACAUGGGCGGACCGCAGGGGCAGCUGAGUCCGGAGGAGAGCGCCUGUUCUGUCCUGUCAGUCAUCGCUGGACUGGAGGAGAAGGACCAGGGAUCCUUCCUGAACGAGUCAGGAGAAACACUGCCUUGGUGACGGAGCGGCUUCAGUCACAUCCACACUCUUUCAUUCAAAGCAUUUGCAGGGGAGACGCGUUGGGCAGCAGGUCCAGAACGGACCAAAACACUCGGGAUGGUUUGAAACAAUCGUGACAUCCUGCUUUCUUACUAGUUUUCAUGACUUGAGCAGCACCAUUUAGUGGCCAGUCACGGUAUUGCAGUGGGGGAUUUUUUUUUUUUAAGUUUAAUUUCUGAUAAAUAGCACAGGUGGCAGCUACGGAGGCCCGGAAGUGACAUGCAGGUGUUUGUUUGUUUUGGAUGCGACAUGCGUGACUUUCUUAUUUUUUUAUCCCGAGAUAACGGUGAAAAACAACACAAGCAUGUCACUUCCAGGAUCCGUAGACAGGAGCUCAGAACCUGACGCGAGUCCUUAAAAAUGGAGUAAGUCAAGUUACAGUACCUCUGUUACCGGGUGUCGAGGCACCGCUUGAGCACGUGACUCCGCCGCAGUCAUCAUUAAAGGGACUCAACCUGCAGGAGCGUGGAGUCAAGUCACCGUUACAGAACAGCGCCGCCUCCCCACAUUACUUUUACUACAGAAAGGACGCCGCCUCUACGGUAACCGGAGCUAAUCCGGACAAGUGACCCACACAACACACGCCAAGCUUCACUGACGUGAGGCGCAUUUAAACCGUGUGCACUAACAAGCGCACAGUUGGAGCCGCUCACGUCCGCGGCCUUCACCAUCGACCACUCGAGCUCACGGUGCGAUGCUGCAGACCCGACAAGCCGAACACCGAGCAGCAGCAGCCAAACGGAGUGGACCGAACAUUUCCCAAGCUCUAACUUUUUCAUUAAAAUGGACAUGAGAAUAAUAAACACUGUGAUGUGAG